GACGAGCUUAUCGCACUCUUGGAAAAGGGAUGUCAGAUUUCCACAAUUUAAUUCAUCUGUGAGCGUCUUAAAGAAAUUAAAAGCUGACCCGUUACAUUUCACCCGCCUGCUUUUAAAAAGAAGAAGAGAUCGUUCGUUUUAAUAUGUCUGUCUGAAGUUGAAUUGGUAUAAAGCUAAUAGCAAGCGAUGGUGUAAUUAUAACAAAAAAUGAUCAAGGAUUAUAUACUAUUUCUAACAUUAGUUUUCCAUUUAACAGAGACUGAAGGAGAACUUAAUGUUGUUUGGGUUGAUACAGUGGAUGCUGGUGUGGUUGACACAGUCAAUAUACCUUUGACAUCUUAUUGGAAUAACCCAACGCUUUUAUCUGACUAUGGGUAUAACUCUCGUACAGAAAAUGCACUGGUAUUUAUGGUAAAGGCGUGUGCUGAUAGCUUUGUAGCCAUGAAAACAUCGACAGCAUCGGCGGUAUCCGACGACACGUACGAAUUAGUAAUAGGAAGCUAUGGUGGCUCAAGAGUUGUUAUGAGAUUAAACGGUGAUAACGAAAUUAAUUUAGUCAAGUCUGAGCUGUUAAGCUGUUUUUCAUUUCGAUCCUUUUGGUUACAUUGGACAAAUGGAUCAUGUUCACUAGGUAAAGGUUUAGAUAUAGGCGUUGAUGAGCUUAUCAAAUGGACGUGGAGUGUCAACACGACAGUAAAAGACAUCGGUAUAAUGACUGGAUUUGGAGCAACUGGACAAUGGAUCUUCUUCUAUGGCUAUAAUAAAACUGAUGUACGGGCUGGUCCUUUGACUUGUUCCUCGCAACAAAGUAAUGCAGAAUUAACUACUCCCAGUACAGACCGUACAGACGCCUCCAGCUACAACGGAAACAAUGUCCGUACAUACCAUAAAAUAGACAAAACAUCUUUAUCAUCUUACAUACGGAGUAAAUCAAGUGCUCCUGAUUCUCGAAUUUCUGCUGUUUUAAUGGGUGCUGUUGGUGUGACAGUACUUGUGUGUGUUGUUAUAGCUAUUGUCGUUAUGGACAUUAUCUCUAUAAAAAUUGGCCCAACUGUUCGUAAACAUAAAUGAGUCAGUCAGUAACCAAAAAACACCGAUGUUUGAAACAUGUAUAU